UCCACCUUCACAUUCCGGCGCUGGGCCUUCCAUCGCUCCACCUCCCGCUACGUACGACACAUGUCGGGAAUCUUCCAGUCACGCAUUGUGCGGGGCCUGGCCCAGCCGCUGCUCUCCUCCUGCGCCACAGCCACGAUCGUCUGUGUGUAUGAGCAGGCGCUGCAGGACGGGUGGCUGCCCAGCUUCCUACCCACCUUCAUCAUGCCGUCCCUGCCCUUUGACAUCACAGCCUCCUCCCUAGGCCUGCUGCUCGUCUUCAGGACCAACUCGUCGUACGACCGGUGGCAGCAGGCUGUGAGCGCGUGGGGAGACAUCGAGACGCGCGCCCGCGACACGCUUCGCCAGCUGCUGGCCGCCGCCUCCCACUCCAGCGCGGGCCACGGCGGCGCGCGCCAGGCGGCACUGUGGCUGGUCGCCUUCUCCCGCUCCCUCAAGGCCCAGCUGACGGAGGACUCGGAUGUGCAGGCUGAGCUGAGGGAGGUGCUGACGGGACAGGAGCUGGCGCUGCUACUGGGCGCCCAGCACCGCCCCUCCUUUGCCCUGGCCGUGCUCAGCGAGCUGGCAGAGGCGGCGCCGCUGCGCGACGCGCAGCGAGUCAGGGUGGACGAGAACCUGAGCUGCUUCCAGGACGCCGCGGGGCGCUGCGAGCGCAUCCUGCGCACCCCCAUCCCGCUCUCAUACACCCGCCACUCCUCUCGCUUCAUGGUCAUCUGGCUCUCCGCUCUGCCGCUGGGCCUCUGGUCCCAGUGCGGCUUUGGCACCAUCCCGCUCACCGUGAUAUCUCCUUCCUGCUGCUGGGCAUUGAGGAGAUUGGGGGUG